AGCUAGGAAAGAAGUAUGGCUGUUUUCUGAAUGACGACCUUACUAAAAAAGAAAGGCAGAUACAGAAAGAGUUAAGAAAGAUAGCAAGGGAAAAAAGGGAGGCAGGAAAAUGGGUAACGGUCGGUUACCAAAAAAUAUGGGAGGAUAAUAAGGAAUGGAGAUGGAACGAAAACAAAGAAGCGCUAGAAGAAAGGGAUCACUUUCGCAGAUAAGAAAAAAAAGAAGAAGGAUAAAGAAGGGUUAAGCAUGAUGAACGAGAGAAGGAGGGAAAAGAUACAAGAAAGAAGACAGGAAAGGUCCAAGGAGAUAGAAGAAAGGCGGAACACACCAGAAGAAACCAGAAAGGACGAAGAAAGUAUAAAGGAGGUAGAUGAGGAAAAUAUUAGAGGAAACAGAAUAAGGGAAGUCGAGGGACAAGAGAAAAGAUAUAUAGGAGAAGAGGAAAGAAACGACGGGGAGAGUGAAGAGACGUGGAAAGUGGCCUUUUGGAACGUAGCUGGUUUAACAAACAAGGAUAAGGACUUCUGGGAAGGGAUAAAAGAAUGGGAUGUGAUUGUGAUGAUGGAGACUUGGACUGAUGAGAAAGGAUGGGAGAAGGUGAAGGAGAAGCUACCGAGAGAAUAUAGAUGGAGAGUACAGAUAGCAGCCAGGAGGAACAAGAAAGGCAGAGCGUGCGGAGGCAUGUUGCUAGGAAUAAGGAAAAGCAUAGAAGAGAUAAAGGAAAGAAGGGAGACGGAGGAAGAAGGAAAAAUCGAAGGUAAGAUAAGAAUAGGAGAGGAAGUAUGGAGAAUAAUAGGAAUCUAUGUAAACAACAAUAUAGACGAGAAACUAGAAGGUCUGAAGGAAAGGACGGAGGAGGGGGAAAAAGGAGUAAGGACCAUAAUAGGAGGUGACUUUAACGCGAGAACGGGAGAGGAAGGAGAGGAAGAGGAGGAGGAGGAUGGGAAGAGGAAAUCGAGCGAAGAGAGGAAAGAGGGAGGAAGUCUAAAGAUAAGAAGAUAA